GGUGGAGAAGUGGACGUCCAGGACGAGCUGACUGGCGACACGCAGCUGAGACUGACUACCGCACGGCGCUCCCUGCACCAGGAGGGCGCCACCAGGUGGCUCUUCGACUUCUCCGACGUGCUCCUGCUCCCCGAGAUCGACGAGGUCGUGUACUCCUUCGUCUCCGACGGCGCCGCCGACUUCGUAAGGCACUUGGCGCGGCGGCCGUCUGGAAGGAUCGGAGACCGUGGCCAUAGAGACGGAGGCGCCCACGAGCGGGACGGUCACCGUCCAGGUGACGCAGGGCAAGCGAGGCGGGGGCGCGCUGAAGGACCCCCGCGGGGCGUGAGCCGCGGGGUGGGGGGGGGCGCCCCUCGGGCGCGCCGUGCGCGGGCACCGCGGCGCGGGGUCCGCCGCCCUGCCCGCCGGGAGGGGAUGUUCUUUCAUGCUAGGUCUGGCCGCAUUACUGCUUCUGGAGGUGUUCGUGUCGUCGUCUCUGUGUGGCAUCGGCGCUGCGGUGCCGGCGGGCUCGCCGUCCAGCCCUCGCGGGCCGCUGCGGCGCGCGCAGCCCGUGGCGCGCGCAGCAGAAGGUGUGUCUGCUUGCUUUUCGCCGUCGUGGCCGC